ACCGAGGAAGAGCAUCAGGCUGUGUCUGCAGCGCUACACAUCACACUCCACGAUGCUUUGAAUCACUUGGGUCACGUCACUUCAGAGAUCUUUAAUCUGGGAGAGUAAAUAACCAAACUGCUCGGACCGCUUCAGCACUCGAUGCACUCUGUUUCAGUUAUUUGUUGUCAAACCGAAGACAAUUGCCUCAACGAAUGAGUGUAUCAAUACAAAAUUUGUAAUAUGAACUUUUUGCCAAAUGGAAUAUGUUUUUAUCUGUCCGUGGCAGUUUGCUGGUUCACAUCAAGGGUCGACGCAUCGUGGUGGUACAUGGGCACUCUUGGAUCGCAAGUGAUGUGCGACAACAUCCCGGGCUUAAUUAACAAACAACGCCAGUUGUGCCGCCAGCAUCCCAAGGUGAUGCAGGCUAUUGGAGCUGGAAUUAAAAACUGGAUAGGAGAAUGUCAGCACCAGUUCAGAAACCACCGAUGGAAUUGCAAUACCAUGGCGCGCGAGCACAAUCUUUUUGGAAGACUUCUGCAUCGAAGCAGUCGUGAGGCCGCCUUUGUCUAUGCCAUCUCAUCAGCUGGUAUGGUCUACACCUUGACCAGGGCGUGCAGUCAGGGGGAACUAGAAAACUGCUCUUGCGACCCUGGAAAAAAGGGCUCAUCCCGUGAUGCCAAGGGAGCUUUCGACUGGGGUGGGUGCAGUGAUCACGUUGACCAUGCGAUCAAGUUCACUCAGGUGUUCAUUGACGCCAAGGAGAGAAAGGAGAGAGAUGCACGGGCGCUCAUGAACUUGCACAACAACCGUGCAGGGAGGAAGGCGGUAAAGCGCUUUAUGAACCUAGAGUGUAAGUGUCAUGGUGUCAGUGGCUCAUGCAAUGUACGUACCUGCUGGUUAGCCAUGGCAGACUUCAGGCAGACCAGUGACUAUCUCCGCAAAAAGUACAACAAUGCCAUUCAGGUGGUGAUGAACCAGUAUGGAACAGGCUUCACCAGUGCCUACAGGAUGUUUAAGAGGCCUACCAAAAACGACCUAGUCUACUUUGAGGACUCACCUGACUACUGUAUAUGGGACCAUGAGUCUGGUUCUGUAGGUACUGGUGGGCGAGUGUGCAACCGCACGUCCCGUGGGGCUGACAGCUGUGAGGUCAUGUGUUGUGGGCGGGGCUAUGACACAUCACGCAUGAGCCGCACCACCAAAUGUGAGUGCAGGUUCCAGUGGUGUUGUGCUGUUCACUGCAGGGACUGCCAAGAGGAGGUAGAUGUGCAUACCUGCAAAACCCAGUCAUGACCCCACCAUACAGAGAAAAGAUCCCAUCUCAAACCUUUGACUUUUCACAUUGCUUUUCUGUGGCAAAUUAGAUCUGUUAAGUCUGUUCAGCAACUUCAAAUCUAUUCAGAUUUGUGGUAUCACAACUUUGUGAAGUCUUAAGUAGUUUUACCAUCUUUACUUACUGUUUUUCCCCAUCAUAACACACAUAUUUAUUACAGCUUUGGAGCAUAGGAAUGCUUAUCUUUAAUGUAUUUCAUAUUUUGAAAUGUAAAUACGAACUGUGUAAUUUAAAAUAAAACACACUUGUAUGUUAUGUUU